UAUUUCAUAUCAUUCCCCCGAGCGAUUCGCUGCUAUCGACGAUGUAAUGGGAGAGGAAGGCAAAGAAGGAGAUGUCGGGGAGGGGAAGCGCAGGCCAAUCUCGGUGGCUGAAUUCCAAGCGUGGAAGAGCCGAAAGGAAUGCUUUAUGAAGGAGAAUGAAAGUGCACAUAUACUUACUUUGUUAGGUUUAGCAAUGAUGGAAUCUCUGGAUGCUGAUAUCUCAUUAAGAAGAGAUGCAGCAGCUAGGAAACGUGCAGAAGAUAUUGCUGCAGGAACAACAAAGAUGAAUGGCCGUGAGCUCUUUGUCCAUGAACCGUGGGUAUUUGAUAACAACUUAUAUUGAGAUUUGCUCGAGGAUUGGUAAAAAAUAGUGGCAUUUACAUAUAUACACCACACAAUUCUUAUCUAUUUAUAUAUCUAACACCUAUACUUUCCUAUUUACAU